AUGCGAAGAACAGUCGACCAGUGUCCUGCCGACAUUGUCUUAGCACCAUCUGGGUGCCCCUUGACUGACCUCGAGUACGCCGACGAUGUUGUUAUAUUCGCGGAAAGCAGUACGAAACUUCAACAUGUUGUCAACCUUGUAUCGAAGCUGGCUGCAGCCUAUGGACUACGCCUACGCCCUGAUAAAUGCAAGCAGAUGUGGAUCUCUUCGAGACCACGAACGGGAAUCAGGGUGGACGGACAACCGAUAGAACUCGUCGAUGAGUUCUUUUAUCUAGGCUGUACGCUGAAAAACAACGGCAGCUACGAGAGAUAUGUUCAGCAAAGAUGCGCUAAGGCCACUUCUGCAUUUAACUCCUUAACGAAAUGCCUGUGGUCGACCCCCAUCACCAACGAAGUCAAGCUGUGA